UCACACUUCACACCAUCUCCCACAAUCACAAUGGCAAUGGCAAAGCUGAUACUUCUAGCCAUCGCAUUCGCCUCCGUAGUAGCCUUUGUUUCCGCCCAUACAACCAUAAUCACCACCACCAUCAUCGACGACGAUGACCAGAAUCCAAUCUCACAACAGCAGGAAUGUAGGCAACGGGUACAGGAACGAGAGUUCAACCAGUGUGAGAGUUACCUCCUUGAGGGUCAAACAUCUUUCGAUGAUAACAAGCAUAAGAAAAAGCACCAGGAGCAAGAGCAAGAGCAAGGCCUCCAGCAGUGCUGCAACGAGCUCCAAAACGUCGACAAGGAGUGCCAGUGUGAGGCGGUCAAGAAGGUGUUCCGAGACGUUCAACACCAACGUGGAGGAGGAGACUAUGGUUCACAGGAGAUUCAACAGUUGAAGCACAAGGCUCAGAACCUCCCUAACCAAUGCAAACUCAAAACAAAACGAUGCCAAAUUGGAACCAUCAUCACCACCACCGCCGGCAACCCUUUCUGGCCCUUGGGCUCAAAACAAUGCACCAAAAGUGAGGUCCAAGGACGAGUCAACCAAUGUCGAAGGUACGUGGAAAAAGAAAUAUUUGGCAGGCCUAGAACACUUGUGAUGAGCAUCAAUAAACGUGAACAAGAGCAGCAAGGCCUCCAAGAAUGCUGCAAUGAGCUCCAAAACAUGAGAAAGGAGUGUCAGUGCGAGGCGAUGAAGGAGGUAAUGAGGCAAACCAAGCAACAAGGUGGUAAGCAGGAUGAGCAGAUGCAAGUGGUGCGGCAUGUGCUUCAGAAUCUGCCCAACCAGUGCGGUUUAGAUGUCCAGCAAUGCCACAUCCCGAAUGAGAUGUUCUGAAGUAGAGACAGUAUAACAAGUAAUAAAGGGGUAACAUCUCCAGUCAAUAGAUAGACGUUUAUGGCUUUGAGAUGGAACCUAAGUUUCCUAAUUAAAUAAAACAACAAUAAUGAGCACAUGCAUGUGUAGUGCAACCUUGGCUUCCAUCUUUUGUUUCUCUAUACCCAAAUAAAAUGAUAUCUUGCCCUAGUUAUAAUCUUGGAAGGUUGUUUAAA